AUGUCCUUAGGCGAUAAAAUUAACACUCAUGAAGAUGUGCUGACUAACUUUCAAACAUCAAUUAAACAAUCCGCUAAAGAUGCCAAUUUAUCAACACCAGUAUUAUCAACUGACUCUACUAUGACCAAUGAAACAUCAAACGCUUUCAUGAAUGGUGCUAUUCAAAUAAAAAAUUCUCAAUCUGUUGUUGUGAUAAAAAAGACUAUCAAAAAAUUAGUUUGGAAUCUACGGGAUUAUGAUUUUAAAAAAACAUUUAAAAAAUCUAAACAGGGGAAUAAUGAAUGGAAAAGACAAAUGGAAGAGUUAUUUUUCACUGGUGUCGAUGUUAGUGACACUGACGAUGGAGGUGUUAACCACAACAGUAGGCAUUGUCGUGGUAGUAGAAGUAGACAGGGUGGUGAUGAAGGCAGUGAUAGAAACCUUGGAAAUCGAGGUAGUAGAGGCUGUAGAAGUGUUAGUGACAUCAGUAAUCAUGAUAUUCAUAGUAGGGGUAAUAGAAGUAAAGGGAAAGGCGGCAAUAAUAUCAGAGAUGGCAGCGGUACGGAUUGUAGGAGUGACAGCGGUGGCGAUGGUGAAACUCAAGAUGAACAUUUAAAUAAGAAUGAUGAUGAUGAUCGGAGUGAAUUAAUGAAUGAAGUAAAAGUCUACGGGUAUGCUGUCUGUCAAUUUCAAAGUCAACAAUAUGAAGUUUACAGUGAGCCGAUGAAAUCUGAACAAAAAUUUUAUGAUAAGUAA